CUAUUGCAGCCCUGCUGGAAGAUGGGGAGAGUCUUGAGGAGCUGAUGAAGCUUAGUCCUGAAGAGCUACUGCUUCGCUGGGCCAAUUUCCAUCUGAGAAAAGUUGGCAUGGAGAUAUCAAACUUUUCUGGGGAUAUAAAGGACUCGAAGGCGUACUUCCACCUGCUGGAGCAGAUUGCUCCCGAUGGCAGUAAAGAGGACGUUCCCCGGAUUGACAUUGAAAUGGCGGGUUUAUAUGAAAAGGACCUCACAAAGAGAGCAGAGUGUAUGCUGAAAGAGGCUGACCGUCUGAAAUGCCAACAGUUUGUAACUGCCACCGAUGUUGUAACUGGAAACGCCAAACUCAAUUUGGCCUUUGUGGCCACACUCUUCAACAAGCACCCGGCUCUCACUAAACCGGAGAACCAGGACUGGAAUCUUGAAAGUGAAACCAGGGAGGAGAGAACCUUCAGGAACUGGAUGAAUUCUUUGGGAGUCAGUCCACAUGUUCACUAUAUCUAUGGGGAUCUGCAGGAUGCCAUGGUGAUUCUUCAGCUGUAUGAGAAGAUUAAGGUGCCAGUGGACUGGAAUAAUAGAGUCAAUCUUCCUCCAUUCAAGGCAGUAGGAGGAGGCCAUUUAAAAAAGGACCUGUACGACGGAAACACGACUCUAACCCUGGCCCUGGUGUGGCAGCUGAUGAGGAGGUACACUCUAAAUGUGCUAGAAGACCUUGGGCAUGGAGAAGUUGCUGGAGAUGAUUUGAUUGUUUCCUGGGUGAACAAGACUCUAAAAGAAGCAGGCAAGAGUUCAACUAUCAAAAGCUUUAAGGCAAGUCCAAUCGGCACCAGUCUCCCUGUUCUGGAUCUGAUUGACUCCAUCCAGCCGCAGAGCGUGAACUUUGACCUGGUGAAAAUACACGAGCUUUCAGAUGAAGACAAGCUGGACAAUGCAAAGUACGCCAUCUCCAUGGCGAGGAAGAUUGGUGCUAAAGUCUAUGCCCUGCCUGAGGACUUGGUCGAAAUCAACCCCAAAAUGGUGAUGACCAUCUUCGCCUGCCUGAUGGGCAGAGGCAUGAAGAAGGCA